AUGCUCUUCAGCAGUCCUGCGGCCCCGACGAAGGUCAAUGCCCUCCACCUCAAAACGCCUUUCAACAGUCGUGUGGAAUCAAACAAGGUAGGCAAUUCUAUUGUAGCUCUUGCAGUCCACGUUGAAUGCUGUGACGUGGAUACGUUUCUCGGUAUUCAGAACAAUGCUCCCCACCUCGAAACGCCUUCCAACAGUCUUGUGGAAUCAAGCAAGGACAAUUUUCCCAGCCUACCAAUGUAUUUCAACAAGCCUAUGGCUCAAAACGAGGAGGAUGUCCCGCACCACAAACCACACUUCAACAGUCACGUAGUCCCAAUAGAGGUAACCUAUUUCCUCAUCAUUGCUAAUGAUUCCAUCGUUUAUGAUGACUUGGAGACUGACUUAAAUUUCCAGGACAAUCGUCUCAACCUCAGAACGCUUUUCAACAGGCUUUUAGUUGCAAUAAAGGGCAAUCCUCCCAGCCUCAGACUGCAUUUCAACAAGCCGGUGGCCCAAAUCGAGGUGAUUCAUUUCGUCGUAGAUGUGACUGAUCUUACCAAAAGCGGUCUUUACGAGGCCUCUUUUCAUAUUCUUAGGUCGAUUUCCACAACCUCAAAAACUGUUCCAACAAGCUGGCAGUUCUAUUCGAGGUAA